CACUACCUCUGGAUGUAGUUUGAGGCAUGCUCUGAGCGGAGUAACUAUCGUGCAAUCUGUACACCUUAAUGCGACAGGGUCACCCGAGUGGAGUCAGUUUGUACGUUGGCGCAACAACUCCCUCGACAAAUGCACCGCGUCUGAAGGCUCACUUGGUUGCCGGUCCUAACACUCAGAGUGUGGUACAUCCAAGUCACUCGUCAUUUUAUUCAAGCCAGCCUUCGUCUAGUUUUACAUCCGGUUCAGCUAAUCCAUGUGCUCCAUCGGAUCAUAUGCGUGGAUCUGUACCUCCUCAGAAAAAUGUGCCAAACUCUUCCCAUGGAGCUGCAUCGAGGGUUCAGCUAAUGCAUGCCGCUCCGAGCGCCUUUGCGACACAUAUCUCAACGCCAGUCAAUCGGGUCAAGCAAAACACUCAAUUCAGUCCGCUGGGACAAACAACAGACGAAUCUUAUUUUGGUGGACCACAGCAAUCAAGAUACGACAAGCCGACGGCCCCGUUGCCCUCACGUAAACAGAGAACCACAUCUCCAUCAGCUCAAAUGCCAACGCCGGUCACACAUGGACGACCUCCCUGUUCGACAGCCGCCCAACAGUAUCCGUCCGAUAGACCUUCUGGUAGAAAUGCAUGGGCUGCUCAUUCGUCUAGUCGAACGCCAUACACACGGGACGCGAUGGACUCAAUGUAUGGUCAAGCUGAUAGCAGUAGUAGCAGCUUCAUCAGUACUCAGAAUUCCGGUGAAAGCAGUGACUUUAUAACACCCAGUAGUCCUAGAACAAAUCCUCGUCCGUCUACACAAGCGGAAUUACGCACAAACGGUGCAGUACCUUCUGGUACUCGGGGUUUCGUUUCUCCACAACCGUCUCAGGAACUCCGCGUGAAACAAGCAACGUUGAUCAGCGCCCCUUCUGGGAAUGUCCCUCCUUGCGUUGCGACUGAUGGUUUCAGCCAAGAAACCUCAUCUGUUCAAAGGAAAACAGCUGCUAUAACUUCGCCAUCUCAUCCAUUUUCCGGUGGAUAUGGUCCAUGCGACUCCAGUUCGCAAAUGACUGUGAGUGAAUUACGCUCAAUAGCAGAACGCCAGCGGCAGCAACUUACUCGACAAGCGCAACAAAUGCAAACCAAGGAAGAACGUCUGGCUUGGCUUCGGUCAGUUCGAGCCCAAUCUUCCGGUCCGGAAAAGCUCCCCCCACCCGGGUCCGAGUUAACACACGACCAGGAGGCCCGUCUUCAUAAAUUGCGAGGUUUUCGCGGCCAAGCCGAGCAAACCAGACUCACGAACGAAAACUUGGCUAAGGAGAUCGAUAACUUUGCUCGAAUGUUAUCGGCAAAAGAGCUCGAGGUGGAAACAUAUAACCGUCGCACGGAUGAGUCACAACGGCUUUUAUCACUUAUCAGAACUUGCCAUGGUACUGUUACCAACAGCUCAACUUCACGGACCGGUCGUCUUACUGCGACGAAAUCACCUGAAUUGACUGUGGCGGUUGUUGACACGGCGGACCUGGACAAGCCGUUGGAUUUGCUGUCGGUUCAACUGCCUUUUGCUUCCGAACGGGACAAGAAGCGUUGGCGUGAUGGACUAAUUGAAGCGGAUCGUCUCGACCGGCAAAUCACCCUGGCACUUAGUCAUCGAACACACUCGAAGCGUGGUCCGACGCAACUUCCCGACUCUAAACCAGAACAAACACCACCACUGAGGCCUCUUGCCGCAAGCACAACCGUCAUCUCUGGCAUCGGAUCUACACAUCAGUCAUCUAAGUAUCACGUGGCUGGUGAACAACCUGGUGCGGUUACCGUAAACGCAUGUGCUCCUAACAGCUCUUCUACUAAGCUCACAGGGGUGAGCUCGUCUUUCAGUUCCCUGCUAACACGUGCUAGCAGCCCGCCCACCAGCCGACGCUCCUCACUCCGCAUGCUGCUCCAUGCUUCCUCCGGUGAUUCUCCUCGAGCCUUGGAUCCAAAUAUUCCACUUCAGCGGAUAAAAACUCCGCCACGCUACGCCUCCCGCGCUGUUAUCAACGAUACGUACAUGCGGCGAAUAUGUAGAGAUAGUGUGGAGAAAUACAAGCGAACCGCUAGUGAAAUUUACAGAGCUAAUGUGGAACGAAUGGCAGCUAAACAUGGCAAGUCGUCUGCCAUUGAAUUUAUUGAUUCCAAAAUGGAUAAACGCAUGGAAACCUCUGCCGCAGAUAGUAUAGAACCAGGAGAGGUUCGCCUAACGCGUGAUGAACCGGACAAAGUACUCGGACGUACCCAGUCAGCUUCUCCACUUGAUUCAAUUUCCUCUUCAUCCUCGUCAUCCCUGGAGUUGAUUGGGAUCGAUCAAACGGCAGUUGAUGCUACGAAGUCGACGGAACCCAAGCUAUGUCCGGUUGACGAGGAGAUCAGACAGAACAGUGGCGACGUGGAUAGUGGUUUGGGUGGAUCGGACGAUACCGGUCAGUCAGAACAGACUCAUACCGGCCUCCCUUCGAAGCAACGUGCCACCACUCCCUACGUAUCUGCAACUACUGUCCUGGUAGAUGAGGGACACGGCACCGAUGCCAGCUUGAGCAAUGCCUCUGUGGUGGAAAGUUCGCCGAACCGUCUAAAGUCGAUCCUUCGGAAAUCCUCCUCCUCUAAGCGAUCUACCUCAGACACAGCCAGUGUCACAGACGCUGCCGGUGCUCAGUCGCAGCCAUCCCUCGGCUCCCAGACUCGAUCCAAUUCGGUACGAUUUCAUCCGCUGGCCUUAUUACUGGAUGCUGCUCUCGAGGGCGACCUCGAUUUAGUGAAGGCAGUUGCAGCGGAAGUUUCCGAUGUUUCCGAACCAAAUGACGAGGGUAUUACCGCGUUACACAAUGCUGUGUGUGCUGGACGCACUGAGAUUGCCGAAUUUCUUGUGCGUACUGCAGGUGCAGAUGUGAAUGCGGGUGAUACCGAUGGGUGGACACCGUUGCACUGUGCUGCCUCCUGUGCCAAUCUGCCCCUGGCCCGAUUACUUGUUGAACAUGGGGCUUCACUUCAUGCACGCACUCUGUCCGAUCAAGAAACACCAUUGGAAAAAUGUGACCAGGGUGAUGAGGAAGCUGAAUGUGAAGAGUACUUGUUCUUUCAACAAGAACGUUUGGGUUCGGCUGCUUCUGGUCGUGUCUACGCUUUGUUUCCUCGUGGGUUGGAAUGGGCCGGUCCUGGCUCGGCAGACGCUCAUUUGGAACAUGAUGAGUUGGCCGUCUAUCCAAACGAACCUCUCACUAUUGUUGACCGAAAGCCUGCGGGCGAAACCGAAUGGAUGCUGGCGGAGAAGGCGGAUGGUACUCGCGGCCUUAUUCCUCGAUCACAUAUUUCCUGUUAUCCGCUUGUUCGUGUCCCACCCGCGAGUAUGCCUGUGCCUGUCCCUACAGCCCGGUCGAGGCGGUAUGAGUUUUGGGAUGAGGAUGAUGACGUAGACGGGGAUGAGGUUGAGGAGACUGAACCUGUGGAAUCUGCCGAGGAUAACACUUCGCCUCAUCUGGUGGUGGAAGUGGAGAUGCCUCGAACUGAUUCACCCAAUUUGACGACCACCUCAGAUCCCGUGGCAGUACCUCCAAUUUCUCGACCUACGUUAACACCUUCUAUCGCUACGAUUGUUCCCUCGAAUGAGACUGAAAUCGAAGGUUCAAAAAGCUGUGACGUCACUGGCUGUCUAGAUUCAAAGACUGUCCUUUGACUCCUCCACUCUGCACGCACGGUCUGCAAUAAUGGCCCUCGCAAUGUAACCGGGUGCAAUCGACCGAUAUUGCUUGUACAUAUAUCAGUAUUUUGUUCCUUCUUUUGGAUGCACAGACGCGCAUACAUACAUGCUUAUCCAUGAAUUCACCGACCAAGACAGAUGGUUGGUGAUAAAUCUGAUGUUCUUUUCGACGAAGACGCUCCUGUUUCAGUUCUUAGCUCAGUGUUAUUUCCAACACUUCGCUUGUACAGGUCACUUUUCGUUCCAUUGUCAAUUGUGACAAACGAAAUGGUUCCCCACCGUCAACAGUUCAAUUUUUGAGUACCUAUUUCGGGCUCGCUUCACCCUCCUAAAACCGUCUGUAAUUUUUAUCUUCUGUGAACAUUUCAGUUUUAGAAAUCAAUAACUCGAUCUUUCAUUGUUAGCCACAUUAGUCUCGAACCCUCAGCUCCUUGGGUGGGGCUGAUCUGUAUGCCAUGGCAGUUAUUUUGGAAUAUGAGCUUCAUGUUCUAUUUUGUAUUUUCCUGUCCCUACCCUCUUUUCCCGUCACUAAACACUACACUGCCCUUAUUUUCAUUCUGACCAAUGGUAUUUGGCCCCUUCCUGAAAUACUUAUGGUGCACUUCUAUCUGGUCAGGAUUCUGUAGCAGUAAAAAACGGGAUCAGACGCACAUCUUCCGUAUGCACUGUGUUUGGUCUCAUCCCUUGCGCACAAAUGAUCAUUUACAUAGGAUGUAGGAAUUUUCAUUUUGUUUUUUUGGGUCCUCGCAUUUCAGUCUGCACGUCCGAUUCUCUAAUCUACAAACUCUACCCAAUUCAUCAAAACUGUUUGAGGCUGUGUUCCAAUAAAUCCCGCUUGAUGAUGCCAUG